GGCGAUGCGGCGGUGACGGCCCUGCCAUGGCGAAGCCCCCGGCGGUGGCGGCGGCGGCUGCAGCGGCGGCGUCGGAGGAGCUGAGCCAGUUGCCGGACGAGGAACUGCUGCGCUGGAGCAAGGAGGAGCUGGCGCGGCGGCUGCGGCGCGCCGAGGGCGAGAAGGUGGGCCUCAUGCUGGAGCACGGCGGCCUGAUGCGCGACGUGAACCGGCGGCUGCAGCAGCACCUGCUGGAGAUCCGCGGCCUCAAGGACGUGAACCAGCGGCUGCAGGACGACAAUCAGGAGCUACGCGAGCUCUGCUGUUUCCUGGACGACGACCGGCAGAAAGGGCGCAAGCUGGCGCGCGAGUGGCAGCGCUUCGGGCGCCACGCGGCCGGCGCGGUAUGGCACGAGGUGGCCCGCUCGCAGCAGAAGCUGCGGGAGCUCGAGGCACGCCAGGAGGCUCUGCUGCGCGAGAACCUGGAGCUGAAAGAGCUGGUGCUGUUGCUGGACGAGGAGCGCGCGGCGCUGGCGGCGGCGGGGGGCGCUGGCGGCAGCGGCGGCGGCGGCGGCGGCGCGGGCUCCCGCAGCUCCAUCGACAGCCAGGCCAGCCUGAGCGGGCCCCUGGCGGGCAGUGCGGCGGGCUCGGGGGCCCGCGAUGUUGGCGACGGCAGCAGCACCUCCAGUGCAGGCAGCGGCGGCAGCCCGGACCACCACCACCACGUCCCACCGGCUCUGCUACCCCCGGGGCCGCACAAGGGUCCCGACGGCAAGGCCGGAGCCACGCGCCGGUCCCUGGAUGACCUGUCAGCGCCGCCGCACCACCGAAGCAUCCCUAACGGCCUGCACGAUCCCUCGUCCACCUACAUCAGGCCACUGGAGACCAAGGUGAAGCUGCUGGAGGGUGACAAGCUCCCCCCACAGCAGGCAGGCUCCGGAGAGUUUCGGACCUUGCGGAAAGGCUUCUCUCCGUACCACUCAGAAUCCCAGCUCGCAUCCCUGCCGCCCUCCUACCAGGAAGUCCUGCAGAACGGCCCCACCUGCCCUAUACCUGAGCUGCCCUCACCUCCUUCCACCGUCUACAGUUCUGCAGGGCAGAAGCCCGAAGCCGUUGUACAUGCCAUGAAGGUUCUGGAAGUACACGAGAACCUUGACCGGCAGCUUCAAGAUAGCUGCGAGGAGGACCUGAGUGAGAAGGAGAAGGCCAUAGUGCGAGAGAUGUGCAACGUGGUCUGGAGGAAACUGGGAGAUGCUGCGAGCACCAAGCCUUCCAUCAGGCAGCACCUAUCUGGCAACCAGUUCAAGGGGCCUUUGUAGAACCAUUUCUCCAUGGGUGUGGACUGGCCCUGCCCAGAGUCUGAGGUCCUCGGAUUGGCAGAAACUCUGGCCCAACCACCGUCUUUUCUCUGUGGUGAAUUGUACAUAGGACACGGCCCACCCUGGCUGCCCUGGUGAGACACUGACAGCCAGGCCUCCACCUCCUGCCUCCCUCACCAGCAAACCUUGGGAAGACGAGGAGCCACUGCCGGUUGGCUACGGCAGAGUGGCCGGGCAGCCUGUCUCCAUGUUUGAACUCCAUGUUCCACUAGCAAGAAGCUUCUGAGACUUCAGGCCCAGGGACUGUCCGGGGCAGCGUCCUGCUCUUGGUGGAAGCCCCUCAUCAAGCCUUCCACCCCGGCCGUCCCUCACACUGGACAGAGGCCACCAGAGCCUGAAUCGUGACACAGGUGGCACUUUUCUGCCUCCCUGCCAGAGCUGGGAUCCUGGGUCGUGGAGCACUGGCUCCUGUGUGUCCAUGGCUGGCUGGGAGCUCACAGGGUUCCCUGCCACCUGGGGGUUGGUGUCCAGCCACCCCGAAGCCAGCUGCUGCUUAUUAGUGUCCACCCCUCUCGGUACUGUCUCCUUGCUCAUGCCAGGCUUAGCCCCCUCUCCCCUCUCUCCUGCCGCGUUCCUUUUCUGGUUUACAGCAACAUAGGAAGUCCUGGAGCGUGUCUGGGCCAAGCUCAGCAUUCUCAGUGGACAGGAAGAACUGGGCCAUGGCGCUGGGUCGCUGUCUGUCUGGCCUCCCCCGGCCCCCAGGUGUGCUCUGGGUGGCCACAGAUGGAACGACAGGACCCACCCUGAUGAGUUUUCCUUGGGAAGGAAGGGGCAUGACCUGGUUCUGGCCUUUAAUUGGCUGUGUGGCCUUCAGCAAGUCACUCAGCUUCUCUGGGCCCCCAGGAAAAAGAUGGGCUGAGGUUCCUUUUGGCUCUGCUCAGUCUAGAAGCCAC